CGCCCGCCCCAGUGCCAGUCAGUUCCGAGACCCGGUCGAGGGAUCAACACCGGCAGAGCUGUGCCGCGCUGCCGCCGCCGCGCGCCGUGUCGUGUUUCAGUCCGCAUCUGCCGGCCCUGUCCGCCGGACUAGAUAAAAACCAAACAAACGCCGAGUCGAGUCGAGUCGAGCCGAGCCAAGCCGAGCCGCCGCGCGGGCGAGGUUGUACGCGGGUUUGGGUUUGGGUCAUUGUUUGUGACAGUGUAGACGAGCCUGGAUGGUGAGCGGAUGUCGUUGAGCCGCUAAGCGCGCAAAGAGCAGUUGCUAAUAAUUAUUACAGUGUCGUGGUGUUGUGAUGUGAUUUGUGCCGUUGAGGAUUACAUAACCUAACUUGUUCAGCCGGAUGGCGGGCCUGACGAUGGAGGGCGUGCGCUAGGAUGGGCGGCCCUCCUGGGGGCCUGGGGCCGAGGUCGGGGCCGGGGCCGGGGUCGGGGGCCUGGCUCUGGCUGGGCCUGGCGUUGCUGGUGCUGGGUGGGGCGGACGCCCUGACGCCCGGCACCACUACCCAGUUUCCCCAGCAGGCCUCCACGUCGACGGCCAGGUACCGACUGCCCCUGGGGGAGGCCACCGUGUCGCCUCGGGUCGUGGAGACGCGCUACGGCCGGCUGCAGGGCCUCCACCUGCCCCUCCGGGACUCGCACCGCCACCUCAAGAACCUCAACGUGUGGCUGGGCGUGCCGUACGCCACGCCGCCCGUCGGCGGCAACCGCUUCAGCCCGACGCGCACGCCGUCGCCGUGGGAGGGCGUGCGGCCCGCCACCUCGCCGGGCCCCGCCUGCCCGCAGAGCCCGCCGGACGUGCACAACGAGACCCUGGCGCUGCUGCGGAUGCCGCGCGCGCGCCUGCACCAGCUGCGCCGCCUGCUGCCCUUCACCAGCCGCCAGAGCGAGGACUGCCUCUACCUCAACAUCUACGCGCCCGCGCAAGAGGCCGGCGAGUCGACGCGCAAGCCCGUCCUGGUGUUCAUCCACGGCGAGUCGUACGAGUGGAACACGGGCAACGCCUACGACGGCAGCGUGCUGGCCGCCUACGCGGACGUCGUCGUGGUCACCGUCAACUACCGCCUCGGGAUACUGGGCUUCCUCAACGCCAACCCCGCCCCGGGCGUGGUGGCCCGCGUCGCCAACUACGGCCUGAUGGACCAGCUGGCCGCGUUGCACUGGCUGCAGCAGAACGCCGCGCUGUUCGGCGGCGACCCGUCCAGCGUCACGCUCAUGGGCCACGGCUCGGGGGCGGCCUGCAUCCAGUUCCUCAUGGUGUCGCCGACCUCGACGCCGGGCCUGUUCCACCGCGCUCUCCUGCUGUCCGGGUCGGCGCUGUCCUCGUGGGCGCUGGUGGAGGACCCCGUGCAGUUCGCCGUGCGGCUGGCCCACCAGGUGAACUGCUCGCUGCCCGACGACCUGCUGCGCGACCACGAGAUGAUCGUAGACUGCCUGCGCGAGGCGCCGCUCAGCGCGCUGCUCCGCGCCGACGUGCGCCCGCCCACCUUCCUGUCGGCCUUCGGCCCCUCGGUGGACGGCGUGGUCAUCAAGCACGACGUGAUGCGCCAGCUGCUGACGGCGCCGCUCGCCGGCCAGGAGCGCGCGCCCAGGGACGGCUUCUCGGUCUUCGAAGGCUACUCUGACGACAACCCGGGCGCGUUCUCUGCGGCCGCCGCCAAGCUGUUCCCGCCAGGCCUCGGCAGCAAGGGCUACGACUUGCUCUUCGGCGUGGUGACGGGCGAGGCGCUGUUCCGCUUCCCGGAGCGGGACCUGCAGAACGGCUUCGAGCCCGACCGCAGGGACAGGAUCCUGCGCACGUACGUCCGCAACGUGUACUCGUACCACCUGCACGAGAUCUUCUCCACGGCCGUCAACGAGUACACGGACUGGGAGCGCACCGAGCUGCACCCCAUCAACACCCGAGACGCCACCGUGUCGGCGCUGAGCGACGCCCAGUUUGUGGCGCCCGUCGUGCAGAUGGCGGACCUGCUGUCCGCGGCGGCCGGCGUGGAGCGCGGUCCUGGGGGUGGCGGCGGAGGCGGCGGCCGCGACCACGGCGGUGACGACCUCGACGGCCGCGACCCCCACGGCGGCGACCUGUCGGGCCUGGACGGCGGGGAGGACGGACACGGGCACGAGCACCACAGCCACGGCGACAACAGGGCCUACUUCUACGUGUUCGACUACCAGUUCAAGGACAGCGAGUACCCCCAGCGGAUGGGCACGGCGCACGGCGAGGAGCUGCCCUUCGUGUGGGGCGCGCCGCUCGUGGGCGGCUGGCCGGGGCCCUUCGCCCGCAACUACACCAAGGCCGAGGUGGGCCUCUCGGAGGCCAUCAUCAUGUACUGGGCCAACUUCAUCCGCACUGGCAAUCCGAAUCCGUCCUCCAACGCGGACGUCGUCCUGCCCGUCUCCCGCGAGAAGAACCGCUUCCGGGGCCUGACGUGGGGCCAGUACGACGCGGGGCACCAGAAGCACCUGGAGAUCAGUCUCAAGCCGCGACUCAAGAACCACUUCCGCGCCCACCAGCUGUCCGUGUGGCUGCGGCUCAUCCCCGAGCUGCACCGCGCCGGCAUGGAGGACGUGGUGGGCCGCCACAACAUGUUCCGCAACCAUCACGACCCGGGCCUGUACGACGGGCUGGUGCGCGGCCCGUCCCUAAGCGCUGCGGGGCAAGGUGGCCGCCGGUUCGGAAACAUCUCCCUCCCGGACACGGUGACGACGCUGCCGACGCCGGUGACGACGUGCAUCGGCGUGAUACACUACCGGACGCAGCCCACCGGCGUGGCCGUCAACGGCAGCAGCGACGCGGAGGCGGCGGCCACUGAGGCCAACAAGGCGUACUCCACGGCCCUGGGCGUGACCAUCGCCAUCGGCUGCUCGCUGCUCAUCCUCAACAUGCUCAUCUUCGCCGGCGUCUACUACCAGCGCGACCGCACGCGCAUGGAGGUGAAGAGCUUGCAGAAGCAGCAACAGCAGCAGCAGCAGGGCCACUUCGGCGGCGGCAGCAAGGGCAAGUACCUGGGCUGCCCCAGCGCGGCGGUGGACGUGGACCGCGAGCAGGCCGCCAUGAUGCUGUCGGCCAGCACGCCGCCUGGCGCCCACCCCGGCGGCUACCCGUCCAACUCGUACGGCUCGUCCUCGGGCGGCAUGUACCUGGCCACCAUCAAGGAGCAGCCGUCCCGCGCGCCCUGUCAGCCGUGCCAGCCCUGCCAGCCGUGCCAGGCGGACGGGAUGCACCUGCCGCCGCCCCCGCCGCCCGAGAUGUUCCAAACGACGCUGGUGCCGCCGCCGCCGCCGGCCGCGUCGUCGGGGGCCUCCAGGGGCAACCACGUGCACACGGCCACGCUGCCGCGCAACGCACACCUCACGGCCGAGACGUCCCUGUCGACGCCCAACGGGUCACUGCCGUACUUCUCGCUGCCCAGGUCGGCCUGUCGCGGGGGCCGCGCCAAGCAGCAGCAACAGCAGCACCAACAGCAGCACCAACAGCAGCACCAGCAGCAGCAGCACCAGCAGCAGCAACACCAGCAGCAACACCAGCAGCAACACCAGCAGCAACAGCAGCAGCAACACCAGCAGCUCAGCCAGCAGCUCAGCCAGCACCUGCAGCACAGUCCCCCCGAGUGUCAGCGACUCAUUCACGGCGGGGGCGUGGGGGCCGCGGGCGGGGGCGGCGCGGUGACCACCAUCAACGCGGGUGGGCCCGCGGGGGGCGGCGGCGUUAGCACGGCCAUCGGCGUGCCCAGCGCGGCGCUCAGCGAGAUGCGCGUCUGAUAUGAGGCUCCGCCGCCCGGCAGCGGCGGCGGGACAGCCACAACGCCCCGGCCCAAGAAGAACGCCAGCGUGACCUUCAUCAGACUUUAAGACUUCGUGUGGUGGCCAGCUCCGGUACGGGGGACACAUGGUCAGGAUUCAUGCUUAGGUUACUCAAAGUGCAACAGGAUCAAUUGUCCGUCACUGAUUCGCUGCCUUACAAUGAAAUAUUUUUGCCUCAGCUGCCGCCGAUUCUCCAUGUGCUGUUAAAUAAUGAAGUUUUGUGAAAAGUUUGUUUUUUAUGUAAUGAUUGUCUGGAAGCCUUCUGAGGGGCAUUUAAGUGCCAAUAUUAAAGUUUAAUGAGUGAAUAUCUGCCGCAACGUUGUGAUCUGGUAGCCCUGGAUCUCUCCCUUUGUCUUUGUCAGUAUUGUCACAUAUCUAUUAAUGAAAUAUUGCCUCAAAGGACAAGGGCUGAUCUAAUGGUUAUUUAAUUUUGCUUACCUGGCCAUCCCCAUUGGUAAAUAUAUCACUUUUUUAAACAACUAAGAACUACAAUUGACAAUCAAUAUUCGAUUGUUAGGAUUGAAUUUAUGCUCUUUCUUCAUUCCAUUAACUGUGACUGAUUUAGUCCCUCAUAUAUUGAAGUACGCUCAUUAUGUUGUUUUCUUGAAGAGCAGCAAUUCACUGCCAGGAGAACCUCGAAAAUAUAUUUGUCAGUUGAAGUACAAGUGGAUCUUGUUUUAUAAAAUCUAUGGUUGCGUUAAACAGACUGUCUGUAAAUUAAGAUUAUUGUGAUAUCCUUUGACCACUUAAUGUACAUAUUUCUGUAAAAUAUUAGUGGUCUAAAAUGUGCCUGUGUUGAAUGAGUGGGUUGCUUUUAAGCAUGUGAGCGAUUGAUUAUUUGAAUGAAUGUGUGUGCGUGUUAUGUCUGAAAUAUUUUACACCAAUGUUAAAGCGGUUAGAUAUUUUCAAUUAUUUUAUUCAAUGUUAUUUUUAAAUAUUGAUAUCAUGAGAAAAGGUGAACCUUUCUCAUGCUUGAUAGUGAUGUUGUUUAGUCACCAGGUUACAAUACAAACGAUCCUCACAAUGAAUGUUUUGACCUAGAACAUGUUCAUGAAUAAUGAAAAAACAAAAAAGGCAAAGUCAUUGGUAGUAGAUGUCUUCUGGGUUUGAAUGUUACAAAUUAGUUAUUUCUCUUGGCCUACGCGAAUUUUGCCAACAGUUUUAUAUUAUGAAUGCUAGAGAUUACUUAUCUGUAAAAGUAUUCCAGUAACAACUGGUGACAUAAAAUGUCCAGCCACUCUGUUUUCAUCAUUUCUAUUUUUUCCACAAUUUUUUCUGUUUGUGGUUAUUUAAUUAAAUUGAUCUUUGCAAUAAAACAUAAAUAAAACAAGAGUUGAUGAUCUA